AUGGAAGCCCUUUUUGGACCAAAACUUGGAUCGAACCUCACCUUUCCUUCUCAAACCAAUUUAUUUCCGGUAUGCAACCUCUAUCGCUUUCCGGUGACCUCACAUCCUCGUAAGCUUGCACAUUUUGUUCCUUUGAAAGCGGCGGCUAAUACUCUGGCUUGUGAAGAUGAAGAAAAUAAUCGAAAUUUCAUAAAGCUAGACCCUUCUAAGUGGGAUCAUCAAUCCCUCUUUGCUAAGCUGGAUAUCUCAGAAAUGGAUGCUCUUGGGAGAGAGAUAGAGGCGCUAAAGCCACAAGUGAGGAACAUGUUCAUGUCUUCCAAAGGCAUUAAGAAGAAAAUUAUUUUUAUCUAUUUGCUUGUGACACUUGGUCUCGCGUAUCAUUUCGAGGAUGAGAUCGCGGAGACUUUAAAAGAUGGUUUCCAAAAGAUAGAAGAGAUGAUGGCGGAUGAAGAAGAUUUGUACACUGUUUCCGUCAUCUUCUAUGUUUUCAGGACAUAUGGUCACAACAUUUCUUCUGAUGUUUUUGGGAGAUUCAAAGGGGACAAUGAAACAUUUAAAGAAUGUCUUACAAGUGAUGCUAAGGGUAUCCUAAGCUUGUAUGAAGCUUCCCACAUGGGGACGACGACAGAUUACAUAUUGGAUGAAGCCUUGACCUUCACAUUAAGUUACUUGGAGUCGUUAAGUUGUACAUGCAAACCUAAUCUCUCAGUGCUUAUACGGAACUCUUUGGGUUUACCACAGCAUAAAAACAUGGAGAUAUUAGUGGCAAAGGAAUAUAUUCGGUUCUACGAAAAAGAAGAAGAUUGCGACAAGACGCUACUAAAGUUUUCCAAGCUUAACUUCAAAUACCUCCGGUUUCUUUACCUUCAAGAACUCAAAAUGCUUUCAAAAUGGUACAAGGAACAAGACUUUGAAUCUAAGUUUCCACCUUACUACAGAGACCUACUCGUGGAAACGAACUUCCAUACGCUAACGUACAUGGAGCCGAAAAAUUCACGAGUGAGAAUUUUUGUGACUAAAUUUUAUGUACUUCAAGCAAUAGUAGAUGAUACUUGUGACAGAUAUGCUUCUCUACGUGAGGUCGAAAUCCUCGCCGAUACCAUUGAAAGGUGGGAUCUCGAUGAUCAUGCCAUGGAUGGACUACCAGAUUAUUUGAAAGCAUUAGUUAAAUUAAUAUUUGGUACAUUCCAAGAAUUUGAAAGAGAACUCGAGUCAGAAUCAGGAGGGCUUUACAGUUUGGAAGCUACAAUUGAAUACUUCAAGAGAUUUAUGAGAAGUAACCUUCAACUUGCUAGAUGGGCAAGUGUGGACCACUUGCCUAACUUUGAGGAGUACCUAUAUGUUGCUGGACUCGAGAUUGCUAUAGAAUUUACCGUGGCAUCUAUUUUGAUGGCAAUGGAGAAUAUCUGCAAGGAAGAGGCUUUUGAAUGGUUGAAAACUAGAGACAAACUCGUUAGAGCAAUGGCUACAAAAACACGAGUACCUAAUGAUAUGUUUGGCUAUAAGAAGCAGUAUGGAGUUACCGAAGAAGAAGCAUAUGAAAAGCUUCGUCAAUUGAUUGCAGAAGGUGAUAAGAUGAUGAAUGAGGAGUUUUUGAAGCCAAUCAAUGUGUCACACCAGGUUCUAAAGACAGUCAUGAUCGACACUUUACGUGCAAUAAACGUUGGCUACGAUAAAGAAGAUAAUUUUACUCGUCCCGAUGCACAUCUAAAGAACCUUAUAAUGUCUAUGUAUGUUGAUCUUUGA